AUGGAGCGUGUGCGGGGAGCUGGGGCCGUGCUGGCGGUGCUGGUGGUGCUGGGAGCCCCCCCGGCUGCGGGCGAGGAGCUGUCGGGGGUGUUGCAGUGGAUGGGAAAGCAGGAGUGUCAUUUCAUCAACGGCACCGAGCGGGUGAGGUUCCUGGAGAGGCAUUUCUACAACCGGGAGCAGCUCCUGCAUUUUGACAGCGAUGUGGGGGUCUAUGUGGGGGACACCCCAUUUGGGGAGAUCCAGGCCAGAGACUACAACAGCCACCGUGAAUAUCUGAAGUACAAACGGGGUCAGGUGGGCACGUACUGCCGGUACAACUACAAGCUUGGUACCCCGUUCAGCGUGGAGAGGAGAGUGCCCCCCAGCGUGUCCAUCUCACUGGUGCCGUCGAGCUCCCAGCCCGGCCCCGGCCGCCUGCUCUGCUCCGGGAUGGAUUUCUACCCUGCGCCGGUGCAGGUGAGGUGGUUCCAGGAUGGGCAGGAGCUGCCGGAGCACGUGGUGGCCACCGACGUGGUCCCCAACGGGGACUGGAGCUGCCAGGUGCUGGUGCUGCUGGAAAUCCCCCCCCGGCGCGGGGUCACCUACAGCUGCCAGGUGGAGCACGUCAGCCUGGAGCACCCCCUCAGCCGGCACUGGGAGAUGCCACCGGACACCGUCCGCAGCAAGAUCCUGGUGGGGGUCGGGGGCUUCGUCUUGGGCUUGGUCUUCCUGGCGCUGGGGCUCGGCUUCUACCUGUGGGAGAAGCUGCGCCCUCAGCCAAGCCCAGCGCGCCCCAAACUCCCCAAAACGGCGCCGCCCCGCUGGUUUGGGGCUGUCAGCAGCUGUCCGGCGCUGGGCAUGGAGCGUGUGCGGGGAGCUGGGGCCGUGCUGGCGGUGCUGGUGGUGCUGGGAGCCCCCCCGGCUGCGGGCGAGGAGCUGUCGGGGGUGUUCCAGAGGAUCACAAAACGCGAGUGUCACUUUAUCAACGGCACCGAACGGGUGAGGCUCCUGGAGAGGUACAUCUACAACCGGGAGCAGCUCCUGCACUUCGACAGCGAUGUGGGGGUCCAUGUGGAGGACACCCCGCAUGGGGAGAAGUUUGCCAGGAGCUUGAACAGCCAAAAGGAAUAUAUGGAGUACACACGGUCAGCUGUGGACUGGUACUGCCUGCACAACUACAGGGUCGUCACCCCGUUCACCGUGGAGAGGAGAGUGCCCCCCAGCGUGUCCAUCUCGCUGGUGCCGUCGAGCUCCCAGCCCGGCCCCGGCCGCCUGCUCUGCUCCGGGAUGGAUUUCUACCCUGCGCUGGUGCAGGUGAGGUGGUUCCAGGAUGGGCAGGAGCUGCCGGAGCACGUGGUGGCCACCGACGUGAUCCCCAACGGGGACUGGAGCUACCAGGUGCUGGUGCUGCUGGAAAUCCCCCCCCGGCGCGGGGUCACCUACAGCUGCCAGGUGGAGCACGUCAGCCUGGAGCACCCCCUCAGCCGGCACUGGGAGAUGCCACCGGACACCGUCCGCAGCAAGAUCCUGGUGGGGGUCGGGGGCUUCGUCUUUGGCUUGGUCUUCCUGGCGCUGGGGCUCGGCUUCUACCUGCGGGAGAAGCUCCUGAGCCGCCGGCGGCCGCAGCCCCUCCCCGUGGCCUCGGGCCCAGCCGGGACCCUCCAGUCCAUCCCCACGCUGAUGGACAGGAAGACAGAAGAGUAA